GUCACAUCAGAAGCAGGACACAAUCAGGUCACAGGCAGAUCACAAGAGUCAACAGUUAGACAGUUGUAUAGAAUACUAAAAAUUCAAUCAUGUCACGUUCCCACUCUAGCCGCUCAGAUAUCUGGAGCGUUACCAGACGAGGGAGGGAGGGCGUCCAGCACUUCCCUACACAUCCAGGCGGUUCAGCUAUCAAAAGGCCCAGCGUCAAUACCUUCACCAACCGCGUCUUGAACGCUCAGCAGGACGGCUGUCCCGGGUGCUUCCCCGCACCAAGCAACACUCUAGCCAGCGAAGCAAUUGCCGCUCGCCUUCGACCUCCGCGGUGGAGGGCAAGACGGGGGGCACUCCAUAUUGCGCAGCGCUUUGUGCUCCAAGCGGUAACACUCCAGUCGAGGAAGGAGGCCCAGGGACCGAUAACGCAGCAUAGCACUAAGAGGUGCGAGACAGUCGACACAACCAUGACCAGAGCUACUGAUACCGGCGACGAGAUAAGCCAGACAGAUGGUCGCAGAGGCCUAGGAUACGUUUGGCGUCUCCCGGAUGACAUUCGCUCACCCUGUGCGCACACCGCUCUCUCUCUCUCAUCGGGGAGCCCGGUGACCAGAUUGGCCGCGAUACGGUAUGAGUCCCCAUGUGCUGGGCGACCAGACACCACGGGGGGGUUCCAAUGGACAUAG